GGCUUUCUUCCUCUUCCCUCCUUCCUAUUGUUGCACAUUCCCUCACUGAGAGGAAAUAAUUUUUCAAAGACCCAGGACUUUUAGCUCACACACAGAGAAUCUGCUAGCUUUCUUUCCUUCGCAGCCCAGGGAUCCCCGUCUACCUGCCAUACCUCCACCAUGACUUCCUUCCCUCUUCCCCAACCGAGAGGCAUCGACCUCAGCUUGCCAACAUGUGGAGAGAUUCAAUGCAGCGACCACGGUUCCUGUCUGAGUCCACCGGGGGGCGGCACCGGGUUCGUGUGCAACUGCGACCUGGGCUACCAGGGCGAGGCCUGCGAGGACACGGUGAACGGGGCGCUGAGCCUCCCGCUGUCCCUUAGCGUGCUGGCCGUCAUCUUCGGGGUGCUCAUGGUGGCUUUCUUAGUUGCCAAGAUAAGGCAGAAGCAGAAGAAGAGGAACAGGUACUGA